UGAUUCUUUGUUCCUUUCUUCUCCCCAUUCUUGCAUUAUUCUCACAUACUCUUACUUCUCAGCUUCUUGCCGUUACCCGAUAAGCUUCCCCAAUUCCUCAGUGUAGCAAAGGGCAAUCAAGAAAAGCAGGACAUGGUGAAUAUGAGGUUAUUGUCCGGAAAAAAGUCACUUAAGUCAGUUAGGUUGAGCUUCAGGAUACCAUAUUACACUCAAUGGGGACAGCAUCUGCUAGUGUGUGGUACAGAAGCAUUGCUUGGUUCUUGGGAUGUGAAAAAGGGUCUGUUGUUAAGGCCUUCUCAUCACGGCGAUGAGCUCAUAUGGUCUGGAGUCAUUUCCGUUCCUCCCGGAUUCACAACCGACUACAAUUAUUACGUGGUGGAUGAUGAGAAAAAUGUGGUGAGAUGGGAGGCUGGGAGGAGGAGGAAACUACUUCUGCCGCCUGAUCUGAUCCAGGAUGGUCUUUUGGUUGAGCUUCAUGAUCUUUGGCAGACUGGUUCUGAUGAUAUUCCUUUCAAGAGUGCAUUUAAAGAUGUCAUCUUCCGCAGAAGUUGGAGUUUAGAUGUUGAAAUGCCCCUUGGGGCCAUUCAGAGCAAAGUUGAUGGGGAAGAGUCAGUCAUCAUACAGUUCAAGAUAUGCUGCCCACAAUUAGAUGAAGGGACAUCUGUUUAUGUGAUUGGUAGCUCUUUAAAGCUGGGUCAAUGGAAGGUUCAAUAUGGAGUGAAGCUCAAUUACUCGGGUGACUCAUUUUGGCAAGCAGACUGUGUGAUGGGAAAAGAUGACUUUCCUUUGAAAUAUCCUUUAGGUGCCUUCAUGAUAAGCAUGCAUGCUCUCAUUGGGCCUUAAUUUAGCAAUUCCUAUUACUACAUUAUUUCUCACCAAUCAAUCUUCCUUAAUGAUUUUUACAUACAAGUACUGCAAAUAUGGGAAGGGUGGAGCACUAUCUUUGGAACAUGGUGCUAAUCGGGAGCUUUCUCUUGACUUCACUAAUAGUAGUCAACCAAAAUAUGUGAUCCUUUCAGAUGGAAUGAUGCGGGAAUUUCCUUGGCGAGGCACGGGUGUUGCAAUCCCGAUGUUCUCUGUGAGAUCUGAAGCUGAUUUAGGAGUUGGGGAGUUUCUUGACCUCAAGUUGCUUGUUGAUUGGGCUGUUGAGUCUGGCUUUCACUUGGUUCAACUUUUGCCAAUCAAUGAUACGUCAGUGCACAGGAUGUGGUGGGAUUCAUACCCAUACAGCUCACUAUCAGUAUUUGCAUUGCACCCAAUAUACCUGAGAGUAGAUGCACUUUCUGAGGAUAUUCCAGAAGAUAUCGAGCAAGAGAUAAAAAAAGCUAGAGCUCAGCUUGAUGGAAAGCUGCAGGAUGUAGAUUAUGAAGCUACUAUGGCUACAAAACUUUCUAUUGCCAAAAAAGUUUUUUUGCUAGAGAAGGACAGGAUAUUAAGCUCGGAGUCUUUCCAAAAUUAUUUUGCCGAAAAUCAGGAUUGGUUGAAGCCCUAUGCAGCAUUUUGUUUUCUGCGAGACUUCUUUGAAACAUCCGAUCAUAGCCAGUGGGGUUGUUUUUCUAAGUUUUCAAAAGAGAAGCUCGAGAAACUUGUGUCGAAGGACUCCUUUAACUAUGAAAUAAUUUGCUUUUAUUACUAUCUCCAAUUCCAUUUGCAUAUGCAAUUAUUAGAAGCUGCAGAAUAUGCAAAAAGAAAAGGAGUGGUGCUGAAAGGCGACCUACCUAUUGGAGUUUCAAGAGAUAGUGUUGAUACCUGGGUCUAUCCAAAUCUGUUCCGCAUGGACACUUCCACUGGUGCACCUCCAGACUAUUUUGACAAAAACGGGCAGAAUUGGGGAUUCCCCACUUAUAAUUGGGAAGAAAUGUCUAAGGAUAAUUAUGCUUGGUGGCGAGCUCGUUUAACCCAGAUGGGUAAGUACUUUACAGCUUAUAGGAUUGAUCAUAUAUUGGGCUUCUUUAGAAUAUGGGAGCUUCCUGAUCAUGCUGUGACUGGCCUCUGUGGGAAAUUUAGGCCAUCUAUACCUAUUAGCCAGGAAGAGCUUGAGUCAGAAGGAAUAUGGGAUUUUGACCGCUUGUGUCGUCCAUAUAUUCGGCUGGAGUUGCUAAAGGAAAAAUUUGGGGAUUCGUGGACUAUUGUUGCUUCAAAUUUCUUAAAAGAGUAUAAAAAAGAUUUUUAUGAGUUCAAAGAGGAGUGCAAUACCGAGAAGACACUCUCAUCCAAACUAAAGCUAUUAUUAGAGAAAUCCAUGCUCACGGAGGGCGAAGAGAAACUUAGACGGGAUCUCUUUGAUCUUUUACAGGAUGUGGUCUUUAUCAAAGACCGAGAAGAUCCAAGAAAGUUUUAUCCUCGUUUCAAUGUUGAAGACACUUUGAGUUUCAAGGAUUUAGAUCAGCACAGCAAAAGUGUUGUGAAAAGAAUGUAUUAUGAUUACUACUUCCACCGACAAGAAAGCAUGUGGCGUCAAAAUGCUUUGAAGACUCUGCCUGUUCUUAUGAAUGCAUCUGAUAUGCUCACUUGUGGGGAAGAUCUUGGCCUUAUUCCUGCAUGUGUUGCUCCUGUCAUGCAAGAGCUGGGUCUAAUAGGGUUACGCAUCCAACGCAUGCCAAGUGAACCUGGAAGAGAAUUUGGUAUUCCUUCAGAAUACAGCUAUAUGACGGUAUGUGCUCCAUCAUGUCAUGAUUGCUCCACACUGCGUGCCUGGUGGGAAGAAGAUGAAGGAAGGAGGCGUCGGUUUUUCCAACAUGUUGUGGGGUCCGAUGAAUUGCCGCCUGAUCAGUGUACACCUGAAAUAGCCUACUAUAUCUUGCAGCAGCAUGUUGAGUCACCAUCAAUGUGGUCCAUUUUUCCUCUCCAGGAUUUGCUGGCACUCAAAGAAGAGUACACGACUCGCCCUGCAUUCCAGGAGACCAUAAACGAUCCCACGAAUCCAAGACACUACUGGCGAUACCGUGUGCAUGUAACAAUGGAGUCCUUGCUCAAGGAUAACUCGCUUAUAAAUGCAAUCAAAGAUCUCAUCUGUGGUAGCGGAAGAUCUUACCCUAAAAAAGAGCUCGAUACGAAUCAAGGAAGUGAAGCAGAAAGAGUUCCACUUGAGUUGCUGGAAAAUGGGGCCUUCGAAACAGCAGUAGCAAUUGUGUGAAUUUCAAUAGGACUCUUUGGAAACAAAGCCAAUAAUAAGAACUUGCUUUCAAGAAAAGCAAAUAGUACCAAACACCUGUAAUGUAUCAAAUUUCUUGACCAUUCUAAGUUCAUUCCAUUCCUUGUAAAAUAUCUUCUUCCAUCAAGGGAGAGUAAUUAAACAUCAGUAGCAGUAAAUGAAGCUUGUCAAAUAAUCAUCUAACAUUUUCUUUUACUCCGUAUAAUAACAGCAGUUCUCUUAC